AUGGCAGGAUAUGACCAGCUAACGGAAGUGAAGAAGGAGAGUGAAGAAGAAUUUGAUGAUUUCCUACAAGAGUAUCUGUUAACAACUCAACAAGACAAAGAAGAACUUGAACUGGAACAUGAAUGUAAGACUGAAAUACUCAUGUCACUACAGGAAAUUAAAAAGGAAGACAUAUCUCGAGUUCUUCAUGAUGACACAGAUUAUUUUCCAAGAGGAGACAUUCAAAGGAAUCAAGCAAUUAAAACAGAACACAGGAAGGAAAAGCUCUCAUGUAGCCAGGAGACGUCAUACCAGAAAUUACCACGGGAGUUGGAAACCAGGGAGGAGCUGCUCACUGGCCAUCAGAUUACACAUUCUGAUGACAAACUACAUAAAUGUUCUCAGUGUGGAAAAACCUUUAUUAAUAAGUACACUCUUAAGGAACAUCAGAUGAUCCAUACUGGAGAAAAGCCACAUCAGUGUUUGCAGUGUGGAAAGGCCUUUACACACAAGGGUUAUCUCAAGAGACAUCAGAUGAUCCAUACUGGAGAAAAGCCACAUCAGUGUUUGCAGUGUGGAAAGGCUUUUAUACAUAAGAAUAACCUUCAGGCACAUAAGAGGAUCCAUUCUGGAGAAAAGCCACAUCAGUGUUUGCUGUGUGGAAAGGCUUUUUCACAUUCAAGUAAUCUUACAGAACAUCAGAGGAUCCAUUCUGGAGAAAAGCCACAUCAGUGUUCGCAGUGUGGAAGGGCCUUUACGCAAAAGAGUUAUCUGAAGAAUCAUCAGAGGAUCCAUUCUGGAGAAAAGCCACAUCAGUGUUUGCUGUGUGAAAAGGCUUUUAAAAAAAAGGGUCACCUCAAGAUACAUCAGUCGAUCCAUACUGGAGAAAAGCCACAUCAGUGUUCGCAGUGUGGGCAGGCUUUUACUCAAAAGGGUGACCUCAAGAUACAUCAGAGGAUCCAUACUGGAGAAAAGCCACAUCAGUGUUUGCUGUGUGGAAAGGCUUUUUCACAUUCAAGUAAUCUUACAAAUCAUCAGAGGAUCCAUUCUGGAGAAAAGCCACAUCAGUGUUCGCAGUGUGGAAAGGCCUUUACAAGAAAGGGUGGUCUCAAGAAACAUCAGAGGAUCCAUACUGGAGAAAAGCCACAUCAGUGUUUGCUGUGUGGAAAGGCUUUUACACAAAAGGGUUACCUCAAGAUACAUCAGUCGAUCCAUACUGGAGAAAAGCCACAUCGGUGUUUGCUGUGUGGAAAGGCUUUUUCACAUUCAAGUAAUCUUACAGAACAUCUGAGGAUCCAUUCUGGAGAAAAGCCACAUCAGUGUUCGCAGUGUGGAAAGGCCUUUACAAGAAAGGGUGGUCUCAAGAAACAUCAGAGGAUCCAUACUGGAGAAAAGCCACAUCAGUGUUUGCAUUGUGGAAAGGCUUUUACACAUAAAUCUCAUCUCAAGCUACACCAGCGGACCCAUACUGGAGAAAAGCCACAUCAGUGUUUGCAGUGUGGAAAGGCCUUUACACAGAAGGGUGAUCUCAAGAAACAUCAGAAGAUCCAUUCUGGAGAAAAGCCACAUCAGUGUACUACAUGUGGGAAGCUUUUCAUGACAGUCUCAGAUCCUCACUGUACAUAAGAUUGCACACACUGGAGAAAUGCUACGUCCAUGUUCACAAUGUGGAAAGGCCUUUGCUCAAAACUCUUGUCUCAAGGGACACCUAAGGAUCCAUACAUGAAAAAA